AUGCCGGACGUAGCACCGUCGACCCCAAAUGAAAAGACCACGGUACAAUUUGCACCUGUCAAAGACGAAGAACAACCAGGGGUGCCUCGCGACCAAGAUCAAACAUCGCCUCGUGCGCCAUCUACUUUUCCUCAACCCCAUUUUCCAAAAACCACCAUUGGCCCUUUUACUCCCCUACAACCACAACCGCGUAAAAUCGCACUAUCGCUUACGCUAGUCAAUGGCCUGGUUUACUACAUGAGACUGGCCCAGAUCAAGGACCCGCACAUCGUGGCUAUCCAUGACACCUUGAUGAAACUGGGCACGCUAUUCAUCACUACCCUAUUCUGCUUGCUUCAGAACUUGAACAAUGCCCCGCGCGAUAUGUUUGUGCGCAACCGCGUGGGAAUCUUUGCCGAGGUCUACCUGGAGUCGUUUGCGCAGUUGCCCUUUUUGGGCGAGAUUGAGUUGAGCAAAGAGGAGUUUGAUGUGGUGUUGAAGUUGUUUGACGAGUUUUACAACGAUUACAAUUUCGUCACUUUGAGCUCGAUGAAGAUCAAGAGCCGCAAUUACUUGCAGCGUGACAUCUCGGAAUGGUUCAAGGCUCGCGGCGUGAUUAUGGAUGCUAAGAAGGACUUCAGGAGAGAAGUGUUGAGUGCCGGGUUGAAUGAUUGGAAAAUGCAUCUUCAAAGAUGA